UCAUUUGUUUCGGAGACUCUGAAUUUCUUCAUUCUGACUUUGACUCCAUUAAACACCUUCACGGCUUUUUAUUACACACAGCAGCGCGGUCUGAGCACACACCUGGAGAGACUGGUCAGCGAACUUCACAGCGUGUGUGUGCGUGUGAGAGAGAGAGAGUGUGUGUGUGUGUGUGUGUGUGUAUCGAGGUGAAGUUGGCGGAGAAGAACAAAAGCAUCGCGGGAAGCGUUAAAGAAAAGCGCCGAGCUCUCAGCCGCAGGUAGACAUGGCGAUGCGAGGCCACACCUCCGGGUCAUUAAUGAGUAAUCACACUAAGGAGAGAGUGACCAUGGCCAAGGUGACUCUGGAGAACUUCUACAGCACACUGAUCACACAGCACGAGGAGAGAGAGAUGAGGCAGCAGAAACUGGAGAAGGUGAUGGAUGAAGAGGGACUUCCUGAUGAAGAGAAGCGAAUGAGACGCUCUCAGCAUGCGAAGAAGGAGACGGAGUUCCUGCGCUUGAAGAGGACAAGACUCGGUUUAGAUGAUUUUGAGUCACUGAAAGUGAUUGGACGAGGAGCAUUUGGAGAGGUGCGCCUGGUGCAAAAGAAGGACACGGGUCACGUUUAUGCCAUGAAGAUCCUGCGUAAAGCCGACAUGUUAGAAAAAGAACAGGUGGCUCAUAUCCGUGCAGAGAGAGAUAUACUGGUUCAGGCAGACAGUCUGUGGGUGGUGAAGAUGUUCUACAGUUUCCAGGAUAAACAGAAUCUCUACCUGCUCAUGGAGUUCCUGCCAGGAGGUGACAUGAUGACACUGCUGAUGAAGAAGGACACUCUGACGGAGGAGGAGACGCAGUUCUACGUGGCUGAAACGGUUCUGGCCAUCGACUCCAUCCACCAGCUCGGCUUCAUCCACAGAGACAUCAAACCUGAUAACCUGCUGCUCGACUCAAAGGGUCAUGUUAAACUCUCUGAUUUUGGUCUGUGUACUGGACUUAAGAAAGCUCAUCGUACAGAGUUCUACAGAAACCUGAGCCACAGCCUCAACACUGACUUUACCUCUCAGAACAUGAACUCUAAGAGGAAAGCAGAAACAUGGAAACGCAAUAGGAGGCAGCUGGCGUUUUCCACAGUGGGAACUCCAGACUACAUCGCUCCGGAGGUGUUUAUGCAGACAGGCUACAACAAGCUCUGUGAUUGGUGGAGUCUGGGUGUCAUUAUGUACGAGAUGCUGAUUGGAUAUCCACCCUUUUGUUCUGAGACUCCUCAGGAGACGUAUAAAAAGGUGAUGAACUGGAAGGAGACGCUGGUUUUCCCCCCCGAGGUGCCGAUCUCCGACAGAGCCAAACACCUCAUCCUCAGGUUCUGUUGUGAAGCAGAUCAUCGUAUCGGAGCUGCAGGAGUUGAGGAGAUUAAGAGGAACCCGUUCUUCGAGGGAGUUGAUUACGAUCACAUCAGAGAGAGACCGGCGGCGAUCCCCAUCGAAAUCAAGAGCAUCGAUGACACAUCAAACUUUGACGAGUUUCCUGAGUCAGACAUCCUGCAGCCUGCUGCAGCGGGCAGUAGUCAUGCGGAGUCGAACUAUAAGAAUAAAGACUGGGUUUUCAUCAACUACACGUAUAAGCGGUUUGAGGGUCUGACAGCGCGGGGGGCGAUCCCGGCCUACAUGAAGGGAGGGAAGAGAUGAGCGCAGACACACACACCUGUCUGUCUCUCUGUCUGUCUCUCUGUCUCUCUGUCUGUCUGUCUGUCUGUCUGUCCCACUCUCCCCUCUGUCUCACCCCAGUACAGUAAUCCCCCACCCCACCCCCGACACUACGAGACUUCAUUCUAUCCCAUCAUUCCCUGCUGCCACAGAGUGCUGUGUUUCUAUUGGCUGAGAGCAAGAGGAACUAUACUUGAUUUAUUUUUAUUCUGACAAACCCCGCCUCCUGCACUGUGAUUGGCUACUCUCAGUCCACCAAUCACACACUGGAAACAUUGUUCAUGUUGCUGUAGCAACCAGAGUAAAACACCAGAGGUACAGAAACAUCAGAGCGCUGUUUUCACAUUCUUCUCUCGAAAAUGUCUUCUGCUGGAAUUCUGUGUUUCAUUUUCACUUGUUUCACACUCAGCCAAUCAGAACGCAGGCUUUCCUGGUUGCCAUGGUGACAUCAUACCUUUGCAGUGAGGGUUCUAGAAUUUAAUGAUUGAGCAACAACAUACAAACACAGCAGCUGUUGAUCAAAUCACACACACACACACACACACACACACAUUUUCCACUAUAAGCUCUUUUAUACAUAUAUAGAGUCAUAUAGCCUAUUUUUGCUACAUUUAUUUUUGUAUCAAACACACACACACACACACGUCUAAUGCUCAAACAAUAUUUCAUCAUAAAUGUCUUGUGUCAUCAGUGGUGCGUAUAAUCUUAUUUUAUUUUAUUUUAUUUUUUAUUCUAUUUUAUUAUAAUCACCAAAGUGCUUGUUUUGUUUCUCUUUAUACUGUUGCCAUGACGACAGAAUGCUGUUUCUGAUAUUGCUCAUAAUCGUUAUUUAUUGGUGUGUAUAUUGUGUUUAUAUUUUGCUGUAAUAUAAGAUGUGUAGAUGGUACGAGCUGAAUGGGAGACAGUAUGACACACACACACACACACUUUUUUCUUCCAUCUUUUGUGUGUAUGUGUGUUUGUGUGUGUGUGUGUGUGUGUGGGUUAUUCUAUGUUUAAAUCAUAUAAUAAAGCCGUUCAGUCGUGAUGUUUGA